AUGUUGAGACACUGUUCUUUGGGACUAGUUACCACACAAAUAUCGGCUAUUGCGCCGUUACGAUUAGUGGGAUCGCCUCUAUUUUGUAGGUCAUAUCAGGAUUUUGCUGGUAGAGAUAGAAGAUCUUCACGUUCCAGGGAGGAUAAGCCAUAUAAUUCCCGUACUCGUCGGUUUGAUGACGAAGGCUCUUCCAAUUAUUCCAGCUCGAGAGAUGAUUAUCGAGGUCAGAACACCUAUGGUUUCAGAGGAAAAGCUCCCAGAAAGAAUUUUAGUUCGAGAGACAACUAUAGCUCCAGAGACAACUUUAGAUCAAGCAAUGGAUUUCAAGAAAGAGGUUACAAGAAUAAGUUUUCAAAGAACACCAAGAGCUAUAGUAAAGGCGGUAACACAUCUGGAUCAUUUAUCCCAGAGGGUAAAAUGGCCAAAAUGACACACAUCGGAAAGAGUGACAGUGAUAUUGUGGUAACCUUGGAAUCUCUACUUGAAAAGAAUGUUAUUUCUAGAGAUCUUUAUGACAGUAUUUCCAGAAUGGGUUUUGAACAACUUACACCAGUUCAACAAAAGACUAUUGAACCGAUCAUUACUAAUAGUGAUAGUGACAUCAUUGCUCGAGCCAAGACUGGUACUGGUAAGACAUUUGCGUUCUUACUACCAAUCUUUCAACAUUUACUUAAUACCAAGAUCGACUCCCAAAAUAAGGUAAAAUCUGUAAUUGUUGCUCCAACAAGGGAUUUGGCAUUGCAAAUUGAAGAUGAAGUUAGGAAAAUUCAUUCAAAGAAUAGGAAAUUAAAAGCUUUCGAAUGUGUAUCUUUGGUUGGUGGUACUAACUUUGACAGAUCAAUCAGAUACAUUGAAAAAGUUAGUCCAAGCAUUGUUAUUGGUACACCAGGUAGAUUAAUCGAUGUGAUGGAGAAAUUUGGUAAUAAGUUCUUCAAAGAUGUCGAUUUCAAAGUAUUAGACGAGGCUGAUAGACUGCUUGAAAUAGGUUUUAAAGAGGACUUGUCAUACAUAAAUAAGAUGCUAAACACACUCAAUACCAACUCAACAGAACAUAUCAGAACUCUCUUAUUUUCGGCUACUCUGGAUCAUAAAGUUCAAAGUCUUUCUAAUGACAUUAUGAACAAAGAGGAGUGCCUAUAUAUUGAUACUAUAGAUGAAAAUGAACCUCAAGCUCAUGAAAAGAUUGACCAAACCCUGGUUGUUGGUGAGACUUUUGCCGACAAUUUAUACGCUGCUAUCGAACAUAUCAGGGAAUUUGGAACUAAAACUCCUAAUUACAAAAGUAUCCUUUUCCUUCCAACAGUUAAAUUUACCAAAUUUAUGGCUACUAUUCUGAAGAGACAGGUAAAACUACCAAUUUAUGAAUUCCACGGACAGAUUGAUCAGAAGAAACGUACUAGAAUUGUCAAUGAGUUCAAGACCAUGAAAAAGGGAUUACUUGUUUGUACUGAUGUUGGGGCUCGUGGUAUGGAUUUCCCAAAUAUUACUGAAGUUCUACAAAUUGGUUUACCUUCGGAGAUUCCAAAUUAUAUUCACAGAAUUGGUAGAACAGCCCGUAGUGGAAAAGAGGGUUCUUCAGUAACGUUUAUCUCUAAAGAAGAGCUUCCAUUUUUUGAAAUUCUAGAAGACAAACAUAACGUGACCAUCAAGAACAUUAGAAAAUUCGAGGCUCAACCACAUGUGAUGGCAGACUUAUCAUUGAGAUUGCAUGUCAGUGAGGAUGAAUUGCAAGAAAUUAUAUUGAGUGUUAUAUCAUUCUACCGUGCUUGCCUAAAAGACUAUGGUAUCAAUUACAAGAACAUGCUUCCUCAAAUUGCUCACACCUAUGGUACACUACUACAAAAUGAAGACAAAAGAAUACCGCUUGCCGGCAACCAUAUCUUAAAUAGAUUGGGAAUGGAUAGAGAUCCAAUUGCCACAAAAAUGUUUCAAAUAGAUGAAAUGCCAAAUCAAUAUAACAGAAGAGGCCCAAGAUCUAAUUACAACAGAAGAAGAUUCUAA